UAGACAUACUUAAAAUAUCAAGUAUGGCUGACGAAUUUCCAACAGAAUUUGAUGUAAUUGUUAUAGGAACAGGUUUAUCAGAAAGCAUUUUAGCUGCUGCUUUUUCUAGAAUUGGCCAAAAGGUGCUUCAUAUAGAUAGAAAUGGUUAUUAUAGUGGGAGGUGGUGCUCAUUUAAUUUACAAGCUGUAGGCUCAUGGAUUAAUCAGACAAAGGGAGAAGAUGCUCUGAAAUCUACUGAUUCAGAUACAGUUAAAAGUCUUAUUAGUGACGAAGAAAGUACAAUUGAACUUGAACUAACAGAUAAAAGUUACAGUCAUACAAAUGUCACAUUUAAUGUUGGUGAUGACAAGACAGAUGAAGAAAGUGAUUUAAAGGAAAAAGUUUCUUCUGAAGAUACUUCAAACUCUCAGUGUAAUGAAAAAGAAAAUGCAGAAAUAUCUGAGAAAGCAGAUUUAAAUGAUAGUCAGGAAUUUAAACAUGCAGAUUCAGUAGCUGCUGAUAACAGCAGUGGUGCUUCUGAACAAAAUAAAAAUAAUACCAAAGACACUAGUCAAAAAGACAGUGUGAACACAGAUGUCAAGGACAAUGUAACAACUGAUGUUAAGGACAGUGCAACUACAGAUAUCAAGGACAGUUCAACUACAGAUGUCAAGGGCAGUUCAACUACAGAUGUCAAGGACAGUUCAACUACAGAUGUUAAGGACAGUUGUCUAAAGAGCUCAGAUUCUAAAAUUAUUGGUGAAAAGAAAGAAUUACCUGAAUCUGUUGUCAACCCUGACAUAAAGAAGAAUACAGAAAAAUGGACAAAAUCUAGAUUAUUGAAGGAAUGGAGGAAAUUUAAUUUAGAUUUAACACCAAAGUUACUUUACUGUGGUGGGAGUAUGGUACAGCUACUGAUCACAUCAGACAUUGCCAAGUAUUGUGAGUUUAAAACUGUCACUAGGAUGUUAACAUUACUGGACGGAAAACUUGAAAAGGUACCAUGUUCCAGAGCAGAUGUAUUUAACAGUAAGGAAGUAUCUAUGUUGGAGAAGAGAAUGUUGAUGAAAUUUUUAACAUCCUGUGCAGAAUAUGAUAAAAGGCCAACAGAUUAUGAAGCUUUUACAGACAGACCCUUUACAGAUUAUUUGGAAUCAAAGAAACUUACCAAAAAUAUAAAACAUUUUGUACAACAUUCCAUUGCCAUGGCUACCAGCGAAACAUUAACCCCUGAGGGUUUAGCUAAAACCAAGAAAUUUUUACAUUCCCUUGGACGUUAUGGAAACACAGCAUUUCUUUGGCCUUUAUAUGGAUGUGGUGAACUUCCUCAGGGUUUCUGCAGAAUGUGUGCUGUUUUUGGUGGAGUUUAUUGCUUGAAAUUGUCAGCUAGUCAUUUAGUUGUAGACAAAGACAAUAAAUGUACUGGUGUGAUAUCAACAGAUGGAAAGAAAUUGACAGCUAAAUAUGUUAUAAUAGAGGAAUCGUCUGUGCCAGUUUCACUGUUUAAUGCUUCCAAUAAAAGGUAUAUAUCCAGAGUAGUGCUGGUUACAGACAGAAGUAUAUUACAUGAUGAUUCACAACAGUUAUCAUUGUUACAAAUACCUAAUAGUGAUGGGCGUUACUUAACAACUGUGAUAGAGUUACCACCCUCUUCUAUGUCCAGUCCUUCACCUCUAAAUGUUGUACAUAUAACAAUGGAAACAGAAAAUGGGGAUACUACACCAGAAUUAGAUUUACAAGAUAUAGUCAAAACAUUAUUCCAGAUAGAACCUAGUCAAGAUGAUGGUAAACCAGUAAUUAUGUGGUCCAUGUUUUUCAAAAGAGAAUUUUAUUGUGAUGUAACAGUGGAUAGGACUGUUGUUCCAGAAAACGUGAUAGUGAUUCCUGGACCUGGACCACAGUUGGACCUAGAUAUUGUUGUAGAUCAGUCAAGAGAUAUAUUUGAGAAUUUAAUGCCAGGAGAAGACUUCUUACCCAGACCACCAAAUCCAGAAGAUAUUAUCUAUAUUGAUGAUGCAGAAAAAACUGUUAAGGAUGAAAGUAACAAAUCAGACUUCACGGAAUCUAAAUCAGACCAAUCAGAAUCUAUCCAUAAGCCAAAUGACCAAUCACAGUCUGAUAAUUCAGAUAUCACAGAAUCUAAAUCAGACCAAUCAGAAUCUAUUAAUAAGCCAAAUGACCAAUCACAGUCUGAUAAUUUGGAAGUCAUAGAAUCUAAAUCAGACAAAUGUGAAUCUAUCAAUAAGCCAAGUGACCAAUUACAGUCUGAUAGUUCAAACUUCAAAGAAUCUAAAUUAGACCAAUCAGAAUCUAUCAAUAACCAAAAUGACCAAUUACAGGCUAAUAAUGAAAGCCAAACAGGAUCAACAGAUCAUACAGAAGAUCUGUUGCAUAAGGGUAUCAUUAAUAAGAAUGAAGUAAUUAAUCCAUCAACUGACAAAACAGAACAGGAAAAAGAAUAAUAUGAAUUGGUAUCUGGGAAAGCACAGAUAUAUUAUGUAAUACAAAAGAUUGUUAUCAGGCAUUGAGAAAAAGUGCAGAGACCUUGAAAUUUUCAAUUUAUUUUAUUGAAAAUUGGAUCUUCGUUAUGUUGAUAUUUUUUUUAGAUUAAUUUUCAAAUGAUAUAAGAGUUCAAAAUAUCUUUUAGUUCACAAUCACUUCUCAUUAUCUGACAGAAAUUGAUUACAUGAUAUUAUGUUUACUGAUGUUUGACAUUUUUAAGGUCAUGCAUUAGAUUGUACCUUGGUGCUCGUAACUCAGGUCACUCAAAGGAAGUGCAUUUCUAUAAUGAACCAAAUUUAGUUUUCUCCUUUUCUUAUAUGUUAUAUGAUUUGUAUUAGGUAUGUGUUAUUUAUAAGGGAAAGCUGCAAUAUUUUCUUUUAAUUAAGUAAUUUAUUAUGUAUUUUACUGUUACUGAUGCUAAAGAUUUUAUAACAAAUAAGCCUUCAGUCUAUCAAGAAAUUAAAAAAAAAAAUUAUAGUGGAGAUGUGUUAAAAAUAAUUUGUUGCUUCAUCUGUGAAAAAUUGUUAUUUAUUCAAAAGAUUUCCUUAAUUAUUUAACUUUUUGUGAUUACCUCAAAGUUAACAGAUGAUAGAAAUAUUGAUGUCUUUGUUUAUUGAUUUUGAAUUAUUAGCAGAUCAUAUAUAUUUGGAAAAUAAACAAAAUUUGUCAUGCUUUUGUUUGUAUUUUUACAUCUGCAUAAUGCAUUUACUUGUAUAUUUGCUGUUCUGAGCUGUAAUGAAUAGCAAGCAUAUCAAUAAAGUAUAAAUUACUA